AUGGCUACUCACGUUGACAGAAAGACUCGGGCCUCGCGCUCCAAAUCGUCGGCCCGUUAUGGCGAGACAGGCCCCGGUCGAGACAUUGACCCCGACCUCUAUCCUCAUCAGCUCCAAUUUUACACCCUCCCACCCGUGGACGAGGUCUCACUUGAGGAGUUUGAGCGUCUGGCCGUCGAGCGUCUCAAGGUGUUGAAGGAUGUUGAGCUGGUGAAAAUUCGCUUUCCCACGCGGGAUGACAAGUUCAGCGCUCAGAUGCGCGAAAAGACCAAAGUUUUCUUGCCGCUAAUAGAUGCAGCCAACCCGCUGGAAAUUCGUCGUCGCGAUCACGUGUCGCACUUCAUUCUGCGCCUUGCCUACUGUCGAACGGAGGAGCUCCGCCGCUGGUUUCUCACCCAGGAAUGUGAGCUCUUUCGCUAUCGACUGGAGAAUCAAUCAGCAAACGAUAUUACCCAUUUGCUCGAGCUUCAGAACCUCAAGUACACGGUGGUGGAUGAAACAGAAAAAAUGAGCAUCGACCGUUUUCUACGCAGUGCUGCACUCGGAGGAGACUUGGGGGGCAAUGUGAAGAAUACAGAGUACUUCAAGGUACCCUUUGAGCAAGCCCUCGACCUCGUGCGCGGACGCAGACAUUACAUCUCCAACGGCAACGUCUAUGUGCCUCGCGAAGACAUGACCCCCAUCAUUGUCGGCGCCUUUCGUCUGCAACUCUCGGCUUCUCUGGCCGCCACCGCUCGAGCGCUCCCCGACCUGGAGGAAGAUUCGCGACUCUUGCCCAUGCUCAAUUCACUCAGCCAACGAUACCUCGGCAAUGAGUAUCGCGUGGAUGCUGCGGGCCGCGCCGGCCAAGUCGCGCCAGCCGACAUUCCAAGCCUUGCAAAGCAGUCCUUUCCCCUUUGCAUGCGCACCGCUCAGGAGAAGUUGGCCGAGGCCCAUCAUUUGCGCCAUGGCGCUCGUAUGCAGUACGGUCUUUUCCUCAAGGGUAUUGGGCUAUCACUGGAAGAUGCCCUUUUGUUCUGGCGCACCGAGUUCUCGCGCGCCAUGUCCAUAGACAAGUUUGACAAGCAGUACGCAUACAACAUUCGCCACAAUUAUGGCAAGGAGGGCAAGCGGGCCGACUACACCCCGUACAGCUGCAUGCGCAUCAUCAUGGGUGAACAGCCCGGUACCGGUGAUGCCCAUGGCUGUCCUUUCAGGCACUACAAUGCCGAGAACUUGCGUGUGAAGCUGCAUUCCUACGGCGUGCCCACAAACUCCAUCAGUGAGAUUUCAAAGCUGGUGUCUGAGCAUCACUAUCAAAUUGCCUGCGGCCGAUAUUUCGAGGUCACGCAUAACUGCGAGCCCAACACCGUGAGUAUUCAGCACCCCAACCAAUACUUUGACGACAGCCGUCAAAUCUUGACAAACGGCGAGCACAAGACGACUUUCCUAGGCGGUCAAUCAAAUACAGAGGUUAACAGCCCCGUUGGAGCAAGCAGUGCGGGUCAGAGUCAGGAACUCAUGGACGAUGAGUUGGUUGAAGCCAUGGAUGCUGCAGCCGACAUGUAG